AUAGGAGGUCGCCUCCUCCCCCGCCCCAUCCUUUCUCUCUCCUCCCGUUCCGCAUCCUUCUCCUUUUGCACCGGCCGCCGUCGAUCGCCGCCGGAGGUGAGAGUGAGCUUAGCUGAGGUGAGGUGAGGUGGCCUUGAUCUCGAGCGGAGCCCGGGGCUAAUCACGAUUUGGCUAAACUUAACCGCGCUAUUAUUAGUGGUUGUUAAACUCACGCGCGCCACGAAGAGGAGGAGGAGAGAGAGUGGGGGCGUGGAGGCGCGGAGGAGGAGGAGGAGGCUAUGGAGGCCCUGAGGUUCGUGCGCGGCAUCCGGCCCGCCGCCUCCGCGGCUCCGCAGCCGCCGCCUCCGGUGGCGCAGCGGCACCACCACCAGCAGCCGUCGCCGCCGCGGGCCGCCCUGCAUGCGCCGCUGCUGCGGCUGUGGCCGCUCGGCGGCGGAGGGGGAGGAGGAGGAGGGGAGAGGGCUGGUGCGGUCGGCGGUGCGGUUCGCGGCGAGGACGCGAGGAGCCAGCGCGCGGCGGAGGUGGAGAGGGAGGAGGCGAGGCAGGGGGGAGAUGCGGGGGCGGACGAGCGGAAGGAGGGGAACUGGGUGCUGCAGAUGCUACGGGUGCAGCCGCAGUGGGCGGAGGCGGCGGACGCCGAGGCUGCCGGAGCCGCCUCCCAGGAAGCGGGCCGCGCCGGCGAAGAGUGCUGCGCCUCGUGCGGUGGGGGUGAGGAGGAAGGCUGCUGCGCCGUCGGGGAGGACGAUGACGAGUGCGACGGCAAGGUGGUCGACCAAGCGACGUUCUCGAGGCUCCUCAGGAAAGUGUCGCUCGGGGAGGCCAAGGAGUUCUCCAAGAUGUCCUACCUCUGCAACAUCGCCUACAUGAUUCCCAAGAUCACGCCAAAAUGUCUGCGGAGGUACGAUUUGCGGUUUGUGACUUCAUCAGUACAAGAGAAGGCCAAAGCUGGUCUUGAUCAGAAGCAGGAGCAUAAAACCGAGAAAAGUGAAUCUCCGAAUCAAGAAUCUGAACUUGUAGAGAACCCUGAGCCAGGGAGCAACAAGAAGACAGAAAGUGGGUUGGGGGUAAACCCCUUCGGCGCAUACCAUGUCAUGUCGUCUGCUGCCUCUUAUUUACAUUCACGGGCUAUGGGCGUCAUUCCCUUUGGUUCCAGGAAUGAUGUCAAGAAUGACCCAACCAUCAUGGCCAUUGUAAACGGUCAGAGUGGUGAAGGUUUAACCAUGGAUGAAGCUUCAUUUGUGGCCACUACGAAUUCAGUAACUUCCAUGGUUGCCGCCAAGGAAGAAACAAGACAGGCUGUUGCAGAUGAUCUGAACUCUUCAAGAUCUUGCCCUUGUGAAUGGUUCAUUUGUGAUGAUGAUCAAGGCAGCACAAGAUACUUUGUAGUUCAGGGUUCGGAGUCAAUUGCUUCUUGGCAGGCCAACCUACUAUUUGAACCAGUCAAAUUUGAGGGACUCGACGUGCUUGUUCAUAGGGGAAUAUAUGAAGCAGCCAAGGGAAUGUAUCACCAGAUGUUGCCAUAUGUCAGAUCUCAUUUGCGAAGUUCUGGUAAAGCUGCAGCAUUACGCUUCACUGGUCAUUCUCUUGGUGGUAGUCUGGCUUUGCUUGUGAAUCUAAUGUUACUGAUGAGAGGAGUGGUACCUGCUUCAUCGUUGUUGCCUGUUAUAACAUUUGGCGCACCUUGCAUCAUGUGUGGCGGCGACCACUUGCUUCACAAACUUGGAUUGCCAAGAAAUCAUGUUCAGUCGAUCACGAUGCAUCGCGAUAUUGUUCCUCGAGUCUUUUCGUGCAACUACCCUGACCAUGUUGCUAACAUCCUGAAACUAGCCAAUGGGAAUUUCCGCAGUCACCCAUGCCUCACAAAUCAGAAGCUCUUGUACGCCCCAAUGGGCGAAAUGUUCAUCCUGCAACCUGACAAGAGGCUAUCCCCGCACCACGACCUCCUCCCACCGGACAGCGGCAUCUAUCACCUGAGCGACUCCUCGUCGUCGGGCGCCUCCCUGCGGCAGCUCCGGUCCGCCAUGUCCACCUUCUUCAACUCGCCGCACCCGCUGGAGAUCCUCAGGGACAAGAGCGCCUACGGGCCCAAGGGCGCGGUGUACCGCGACCACGACGUGAACUCGUACCUCCGCUCGGUGCGCGCCGUGGUGCGCAAGGAGGUGCGCCGGCACCGGGAGACGGAGCGCGGCCGGUGGCGGUGGCGGCUCCUCCUGUGGUGGCCGCGCGGCGGCGCCGUCGAGCGGACGCGGCUGGGCGUCCUCCUGGACGCCGCCGUGGAGGGCGGCCGGGAGACGGCGAGGCAGGCGCGGGCGCACGCGCGCCUGCUGGUCGUCCUGCUGGUGCCGGCGAAGCUGCUCGUCAUCGGCGCCUUCCUGGUCGUUAGAUUCAUGUAAACGUACAUGUAAAGCGUGGUUAGAUCCCAUCCGUUGAUUCAUUUUGUUGGUUGCAGUUACACCCCACACUGCUGCAGCAAUGAUUCUUUCUUCCCAAAGUGGAAAUGCCAUACAAAGUGUCAUACCCAGAUG